AUGUUUCCAAGAAAGGCACUGCACCUCAGCGCAAUUACCUCUACUGUGCUGAAGGCUCGCCGAUUUGCACACAAUGACUUCUACAUGACCCCUGAAGGGCAAAGGAAGCAUAUCAAGUCCCCCGAUUUUUUCUCUCUUCAAUAUCUAUCCCAGGAGGAAAAGAAGAGACUGUCCUCUCCUCCCCCGGACCCCAACGAGCUUAAGGACCUGGUCCUGCAAGGACAGUAUGAAGGCGCUCGACGACUACGAAUCCAUCUGUUGUCACUCCAAGUACCCAUCAAACGCGACAUCGUAUACGCCGACGCUGCCUUCCAUUAUAUCGAAUCCCAGCCCAAAGAUUUUGUACAGGAAUUCGUGACGUGGUUGUCCCUUGUCCCCCCAAAACAUGACGUGCCAAAUUGGCGGAGCCCUUUCUCUAGAAUACAACGAUUUAUAUUCAGCACUGGAGUCCCGGACGUCAGUUUCCCAAUCGUGACCCAAUUCAGUGUGGUCGCUGCAUCAAUGGGGUAUCUCAAGGACAUCUGGCCUCGUCUCGGCCAGACACUCGCUCUACUUGCUGACCCAGCCUCGGGUCUGAGCUAUCUCAUGGACUUAGAACAGGCGGUGGUCAAGUAUGAGAAAGUACUGCACCCAGAGCGUGUGCUACAGAUAGAGCAAUAUUACCGCGCUAUGAUGAUCAAUGCUUGCUGCCAUAUGGGAUGGUUACAACAAGCCGUCAACCUUUUACACCGCAGUGACGAGAUACGGCUACCUCAGGACACGUAUCAGUUGAUUUUGCAUAAGCUCAGGGAGGACGGGGACGAGGAUGGUGUCGAGAUUACAAAGAAGAUCAUAGUCGCGCAUGAAGCGAGUGUGGCGUGGCAGAGGCGGUCUACCCUGCUCAUGCCGUCUCGCUAUCAUCGUUACUACGGAGCUCAGGCAAUCCAAAACCGAUCCGGUGCCGAGCCCUGA